AUGGGGGGAAAUCACCAUGAACCUCUCGGGGCUAUGGGCCCUGUCGAGUGGGAGCAGGUUCCCCAAGAAGAUCUAAACGACUUCCUCGCCGACAUCCUUUCCGAGGUCCAGACUGUUGUAGAAUCUAUCCCCGACCCAGCAUCAAAGGAACCUCCUAGCUCUGGAGGUCGCGCCCGCGCCAAGACAGAAUCAGCGGCUUCAGCUCCAGAGGCCAAGCGAGCUCUGACACUACGACAAAAGGCUGAGGCUAUCAGUCAGUCGCAAAAUCUACAGAAAGAGUGGAAGGAAAUCAAGGUUAACGCCAAAGAGAACCCUCUCGGAAUCAACGUCUACAAGCUCAGCGCCAAGGAUGGACGAGGCGCAUGGUUCGCCAGGAGGAGUGUACAUGAGGGGCUCUCGUUUGAUGACUGGAAGAAGGGUCUUUCGGCCGAGUUCCAAGAGACGAUGAAGGUUCAAGGUGCUCCAGGCAGCGGCAACAUUCGUGGUAUUGGUGCCGAUAAGCGGGUUGAGGAUAAGACCAUCGGUGAUCAUGGCCAGUUGCAAGUCUUCCAACUCUCCGCUCAGUUUCCUGGCCCAACCGCCCCACGAGACUUUGUAACUCUGCUUUUGACUUCCGAGACCUCCGUGAACCCUGGUCAGGGAUCCCACCCUCUUCGGCAGUAUAUGAUAGUAUCGAAACCCUGCGAGCACCCCGAAUGUCCUCCUCGUCAGGGUAUCAUUCGUGGCUACUACGAAUCAGUUGAGAUUAUCCGUGAAGUCCCUGUCGACAACUUUGCUUCCAAGAGAUCUCUCUCGUCGGCCGAUUUGACUGAACGAGACGAAAACAAGAAACCAGUUCCAAAACCCGGUAGCGAAGGACACGGCUCAAUGCCUCUUGACGAACCUUCUACGGCUAUUGAGUGGCUUAUGGUGACUCGUAGUGACCCUGGUGGCAGUGUGCCGCGCUUCUUAAUCGAGAAGGGAACGCCACCAGGAAUCGUUGGCGACGCUGGAAAAUUCCUUAAGUGGGUAACUUCAAAGGCGGCACACGGUUUUGCAGAGUCUGAAGAGACUACUGAAACCAAAGAGUCGGCCACUGGCACUGAGGUACCUGCGUUAGAGAAGAAACAGUCUUCCGCUAAAGCAGCCACUACUAAUAUUGAGGCGAACAAAGUUGAGACUGUCUCUCCAUCUCAAGACCAAAACGACCCGUUCCCUGGCAGCAAUGGCUUAUAUGGAGUUAUAGCUGGUGCCAUAGGUGCUGCCAGCUCCUACAUUCCUACUGGCCUACUGAAGACUUGGGGAACUGGUUCAGACAUGGAAUCUUCAGAUGAAAGUGGAUCCGAUGCUCCCAUCAUUGCUGAAGAACAACAUGAAGACGAUAGUGACACCUCUUCUAUUCGAAGCUUUGCAUCUGCGUUAGAGAAGAGUGUUACCGCUGAGGGUAAUCAAAACGGCAGCCUAGCUGAGUCGCAGUCCGAAACUUCUCGUUCCAACCCGCAACAGUCACUGGCCGACAAAGAGCUUAGGAAGCUUGAGCACAAGAAGAUGAAGCUUGAUGAGAAGAUGGCUCGUCUUGAAGAGCGUCGGCAAAGCAAACUUAUGGGGGAUAAAGAGAAGGAUGCCGCUACGUUAGCUAAGUUGCGCGAGAAGCAUGAGAAGGAAGUGGCUAAGCAGGAGGAAAAGUAUCGACGUGAAAUGAAGAAACUUGAAGAGAAGCGUGAGCGCGAUCAACGGAAGGCUGAAGAGCGACGACGCAAGGCGGCUGAGCAGGAAGACAAGAACAACCUUUCGCUUGAGCUUGAGCGCGUCCGUGCUGAGCGAGACGUUGCUCGUCGUCAGAUUGAAAUCCUCGAGGGACAAGUCGGAGAGCUACAGGCACAGAAUACAAUGCUUGUCCGCAAACUGGGUAAGAAUGGACUGCUGGACAGUACUGAUUCUCCAGCACAGUCUGUUAAGAGCCUACAGCGAGCCAGUACGGAGGUUUGA